UCGCUAGCGCUGCUUGUGGUCACAGCCAGGCAAGCUCACAUCCCAUCUGGAUCACGCUCACUCUCUCCCUUCUGCUUUUCUACCAUAGAGUUGCACUGGAAACAGGAGAUAGAGGGAGUGUAGGAGCUCGCCAUCUCCAAGCGAUCUACAUUGGGAAAAACAUGGAGUCCGCUCCGGCAGCCCCCGAUCCAGCAGCCAGUGAGCCGGGCAGCAGCGUCUCCGAGGCGGCCGCCGGCGCCAGGGACACCCCGGCGAACCUGGAGCCGGCCCGGAAAAGCGAUGCGCCGGCCGCCGGCCGCCGGCAGAGCUACUCCAGCAGCAGCAGCAGAGGUAUUUCUGUAACAAAGAAGACUCAUACAUCUCAAAUUGAAAUUAUUCCAUGCAAGAUCUGUGGAGACAAAUCAUCAGGAAUCCAUUAUGGUGUCAUUACAUGUGAAGGCUGCAAGGGCUUUUUCAGGAGGAGUCAGCAAAGCAAUGCUACCUACUCCUGUCCUCGUCAGAAGAACUGCUUGAUUGACCGAACUAGUAGAAACCGCUGCCAACACUGUCGAUUACAGAAAUGCCUUGCUGUGGGGAUGUCUCGAGACGCUGUAAAGUUUGGUCGAAUGUCAAAAAAGCAGAGGGACAGCUUGUACGCGGAGGUGCAGAAGCAUCGAAUGCAGCAGCAGCAGCGAGACCACCAGCAGCAGCCAGGAGAGGCAGAACCACUAACGCCAACAUACAAUAUCACCACCAAUGGGUUAACAGAGCUCCACGACGACCUCAGUAAUUACAUUGAUGGGCAUACCCCUGAAGGUAGCAAAGCAGACUCUGCAGUUAGCAGCUUCUACUUAGACAUACAGCCUUCUCCAGAUCAGUCGGGUCUUGAUAUUAAUGGAAUCAAACCAGAACCAAUAUGUGACUACACACCAGCAUCGGGCUUCUUCCCUUAUUGUUCUUUUACAAAUGGGGAGACCUCUCCAACUGUGUCCAUGGCAGAAUUAGAACAUCUUGCACAGAAUAUUUCCAAGUCACACAUGGAAACUUGCCAAUACUUGAGAGAGGAGCUACAGCAGAUAACAUGGCAGACUUUUCUGCAGGAAGAAAUUGAGAACUACCAGAACAAGCAAAGGGAGGUAAUGUGGCAGUUAUGUGCAGUCAAAAUAACAGAAGCUAUACAGUAUGUAGUGGAAUUUGCCAAACGCAUUGAUGGCUUUAUGGAACUGUGUCAAAACGAUCAAAUUGUGCUUUUAAAAGCAGGGUCCUUAGAGGUUGUGUUCAUCAGAAUGUGCCGUGCCUUUGACUCCCAGAACAACACAGUCUACUUUGAUGGCAAGUAUGCUAGCCCAGAGGUUUUCAAGUCCUUAGGUUGUGAAGACUUCAUCAGUUUUGUGUUUGAAUUUGGAAAAAGUUUAUGUUCUAUGCACCUGACAGAAGAUGAGAUAGCUUUGUUUUCUGCAUUUGUUUUAAUGUCUGCAGAUCGUUCCUGGCUUCAGGAGAAGGUAAAAAUUGAGAAACUCCAGCAGAAGAUCCAGCUAGCACUUCAGCAUGUCCUGCAGAAGAACCACCGAGAAGACGGAAUUCUAACAAAGUUAAUAUGCAAAGUGUCUACUUUAAGAGCACUGUGUGGACGACAUACAGAAAAGCUUAUGGCAUUUAAAGCAAUAUACCCAGACAUUGUACGACUUCAUUUUCCUCCACUUUACAAGGAGUUAUUCACUUCAGAAUUUGAGCCAGCGAUGCAAAUUGAUGGGUAAACGUAUCAUCUAAGCACUUCUAGAAUGUCUGAAGUACAAACAUUAAAACAAAAGAAAGGAAAAGAAAAAAAAAAAGAAAGAAAACCAAGACACUUUAUAUGGCCCUGCACAGACCUAGGGAGCCAACACACUGCACAUCUCUUGGUGGUCGGGGUCAGGCGAAGGAUGGGAAACAAUGAAACAAAGUUGAACUUGUUUUUCUCAUGCAUAUGAUUUCCAUUAUGCCUACAAAUAUGGACCCUUUUUCUGUCUCAACUUCUCAAUCCUUGACCUCUGUUUACACAGACUGAGGGUACUAAUGUCAGAAGGUUGUUUUCUCUCGUAGUUCACUGCCCAGACUUUUGACAGAACAAUCAAUUUGUUGAUCAGAACAGAGAGUCCUGCUAGUAAUCAGCGAUUGGUGUGCAUUGCAGAGAUCUCAGCAUCAGUUUGCACAACUUGCUCAUUGUUUCAUGAAGGACGGUUUUUUUCACCUACCACUGUUUGCCAGUAGACAGAAUGGCAUGAAAAGGGUCCAUAGCAAUAGCAACAAUAGCAUUAUAAUAUAUUACAGGGUAAAUGGGCAUGAAGACUAUAUAUAGCAAAAGAGAUAUUGUUUAUAUAUUGUUUUAAUUAAUAUAAAAUGUAGUUACUGGUAUAGCUUUUCUUGUUGAAUUGAUAAGGCACUUUCAUUUUGCACCUUUUUCUUUAAAUUAAAUGCUAGCGUGUUCAUUGUUGUGUUGCAUGUGCACCAGAAAUUCAAGUUUAACUGAAAAAGGUUUGGCAGGUACUGGUACAUUGGGAGGUAUUUAUGCUGCUGUUUUCUAUGUUACUUUUAAAGAGAGGCUGGUCAUAUCCUGAAAUGGUUACACAGGUUUCUUUAAACAGUUUGAAAAUAAUGAAAAUUUUCUAAAUUAAAAAUUGUUUCUCAGCUGUUACUUUAAAAGGUACUUUUAUUUUCAAAUCUUUCAAACCUGGAUAUUUAAAAUUGCAAGCCUAAAUCUACAUUUAGGCACACAAAUAAAAAGCCUCAGUUUCAAAGGUGCUGCGCUUCCAGGGUCAAGGUUUAGCUAAGCAAUCACAGAUCACUUGGAUAGAGACGCACAGCAUCCUUGAAAAUCACGCUAUUCAUAAAGUAUAUUUCUCCCCACCAUAAAUCCAGGUUUGAAGUUACUGACUCAAGUCUGUAUCUGCAGUAAAAGUAUGUGUGUAUGAUAUGUAUGUGAAAAAAUAAUUUUUAUACAUAAUAUUACAUACUUUUAUGCUCCAUAUCGUAAACAAUGCCUGCAACCCCCAAACUCUGUCCUGUCAGAAUCCACCGGAGGUUCGUCUUUGACUUCAGUGAGAUCAGGUACUGACCCGUUUUCCAAAAUCCAGCAGUUCAAUUUAAGGUAGCUUAACAGAAAAGUAAUAGAAUAGUAAUAGAAAGAGUAAGAGAAAAAAUAGUAAUAGAAAAUGCACUUUAAAGUCUAUCAGAUGAAGACAGACUAACAAAGUAAAGGCACACUGUUGCUAAAAGGCCUUAUUUUGUGUUAUGAGGCCUGGAAAUCAUUCGCACCAUAAAUCUCCGUUCUGUAAUUCUCAACUUGUGAUCCAUGCAUUGCGUAAACCACCAAUAGGCUGGAUCUCGCAAUCUUUAUUAGUACAGCUUACCAUUCCCUUGAGCAAAAGCACUGUGUCUGAGUAAAUUUGGCAAGAUUUAGAAAUUAAACCCAGUUCUGAAGGGAACAGGUCCACAGUAAACAACACCAGAAAAUAAAAUGUGGCUAUGUGAGCCAGAGGUGCGCAAUUGCUGUGGAUGAGAUGAGGAUGUGCACCAACCGGCUGCCUUGUAGGCCAGUGCAAACAGGGUCUCAUGAGGUACCUCACAAAAAGCAAAGGACUUAGAAAAGAAAAAGAGAAGACAGAGUGUGCUCCCCUGCUUUAAUUUCUGGAGAUGAGGAAUCUCCAUCAUAUUCUGUAGUCAUUGGAAAGUAAUGGAGUGAAUAGAAGCACACUGAAGUCUGCUUUAAAAGGAGAAUUAGGACAGUGGAUUAUUAUGCCAAAAUAAAGUGUUUUUGGGGAUUUGAACAUGCUUCAUUUGGGGUCAAAUUGAGCCAUUUAGCCUGUGACAGCUGUUAAAAUCUUUAUAGUCUGCCUCAGGACGGAAGCGUAUGGGUAGCACUGUGUCUUGGCUGCUCCUGUCCAGCUGAGGCGGUUAGAAAGCCGGGGGGACGUCUGCGUGGGAGCGGGGCGGGCCGAGCCGGGCGGCCGGAGCGCCGGGCUGGAGGCGGGAGCGGGCGUCGCGGCAGAGCCCGGAGGGCAGCCCGCGCUGCCCCGUCCUGCGCGGCUCACCGCCCACGGCCCGCUCGCUCCCCCGCUCGCGCCGGCGCGCUUUCCCUCCGGCCAUUGUUUACCCUGUUGGAGCAACUGCCACGAUACGGCACUUUUAUUCUGAUAUUGUGUUCUUAUUUUUAAAAUGACCUUUUUAACUAACGAAUCUUUUCUGAAUGUGACCAGCCUUAGGUGCUAGUCCUUUAAAGAUCAACUAAACUUAAUCUCAGUGUCAGCUAAUGAAUAAUGAGGUAAGACUUGUAGUUUUUUAGUGCGAGACACAACUCCUACUUCUGACAGUAAGUAGGUUACCAGGCAAAGUAUUUUGGGAUUAAUUUUUGGUCGUGUCCCUUGCUUUUUUUUUUCCUGAUGAAUAUUAGGACUUUACCAGGCCUCUAGGUGCCGGUGGUUUUGUUUGGCAUCUAGUUCACAGUGUUUUCACCUUAAGUAACUGAAAACACAAAAUUUUGGAGCAUCUACUAAUAAAAUACAUAACCAUAAAGAGGUUCCAGAUAGGGUCUUAGCUGAAAGCCCUCUGUGUCUCAAGUGAGCUCGUGACGGGGUCUCCCGGGCUGCGGGGCACCUGCCCACUGUCCGUGCGCGGCGGCGGCUCCCGCGUCCUCGCGCCUCCCCCGGGCGGGCAGAGCCCCCCAGCCCGGCCGGUCCUGGCCACAGCUGCUAGCCGCUCGGCAGCUGAAUGUUCAGGAUUUUUAGUUUGCUCUUUGUUGAGAGGAAAGAAGGGAAUACAGCAUGGCAGGUGUACUGAAAAGACCCGCGUUGCCAAGGAGGCUGUUAGGAAAGGGGACGUGGAGCAGUCGGGCGAGGGGCCGGGCCCGGCGGGUGCCGCGCGAGCAGGCCGCUGCUCAGCUGGAAACGUUGGGUAUCAGCGGAUGCUCACACAAACGUUCUCAUCGUCUGCCCAGUUCACUACGAACAAAAACGUGAGAAUAGCUGAAGAUAGAGGAAUAAUGUAGCCGAAGAUAAAGUAACAAUACGUUGCUUUUGAAUGAGCUGUUCCUCAAAACCUGCAAAGAGAUUUUCAUAGGGUGUUGCAUCUAUCCACAGAGAUGUUGUCUGGCUUUCUAGGAAGGAGAUACUAUGGUGCACUGUCAGGUAAAGUACCCUAAAGUACUUCAGCAUCUCCAGCAUCGUUCAGCUUUUUAAAAACUAUGGGAUUAGGUGAGACGAGAGGCUGUUUUUAAGUUUGGUUGUUCUUUAUUAAAGCUUAUCUAUCUUAGUGUGGAUACCAAGAUAUCUGUGUGUGUAUGUGCGCAUGUGUGUGAGAGAGUCCAUUUGUGUGCGCACAUGAGCAGAUGCGUGGGGAUGUGUGAGUGGCUGCUUCUAGGCUGUUAAGUGUCAAUGGAAUAAAGAAAAUGUAUUCAAAAUACUUAAGUCAAAAAUAGAAGGUGGAAAAAAGAUUUAUUCUAUACAAAGCCUUGUCUGGACCACUUUAGAGAGACUUCUAUUUUUUUAACCCUUCUAUAAAUAUUUGAUGGCACUUGAAAUAUUCCUGCAAUAAAAUGUGAUUUGUGUAAACAUUAAAAAAAAAGAUUUUGUAAUGUGAAACAAUGAAAGAAAGUAAUGUAAUUUUUCUAAAAAACAAAAAAAACAAACGAACGAACUUUGUAUUAUUUUCUUGAUGGAAUUUGUCUAUUUGUCUUUGGAAAACUUUUUAUUUCAUUGAAUGUGCCAUAGUAGAGGUGUGUUUUUCUUUUUCUUUCUUUUUUUGUUUUUUACAUUUUAGAUUAAAGAAAUAGCUGUGUUACGACAUUCCAAAAUGCAAGAUGACAUAGCAGUCAUGAUUAAAAGGAUUGAUUAGUAAGCUUCGAUCAUUGUUGCUUUUUUUGCACAUGUUCUUCAUUCCUCUACAGUGCAAUAUGUACAUAGAGCACUUGCGGGUGUAACCUUGAUCCCUCAGGGAAAAAUACAUAUUUGUACAGGAUUUUUCUUUUUUUUUUUUUUGCCUUUUUUUUUUUUUUUUUUUUUUGCUAAGGAAUGUCGAUUGAAUCACUUGUCUGUUGUUGAGGGGCAGCCAGAUAAUAAUCCUAAACCACUGUCACAAAACAUUGAUUGUUUAAUCAUUUUGUGCCCUUUUAUUAUUUAAAAAGAAAAAUAAAAGUUAUUUUCUGACAGUUCUUUGUGCUGAUUGGUGAAAAAAGGGUAAGUAGAUAAGCACCUUAUGAUUGACUUAACUGUGAAUGACAAUCCAUCUUGCUAUCAACAACAGAAGCCCUACCGUUUUGGAGUGGGGGAUAAGAGUCAGAAACUAAUGUGCUCAGGGAUCUUCUAAAACUCUUCAACAGGGUGGCCAGUACUACUGGUGGGACAAAUUACUUUUUAAAAAAAUACUAGUAUUUCUUCCCCUUUCCCCUCCCCCCCAGGCACAAGUGAACUGGAUAGAUUUUUUUUUUUAAUCUAAAUGCUCUGUGUGUGCCUCAUUCUGUUGUUCAGUUUGUCAGUAUAUCUACUCAUUGGUCUUUAUUUUGUUCAAAACAAAGUACUCCAAACAGCUCAAGGUUUUGCAGUUUUACUUUAGAAAAUAAAUUAACGCUGACCAAUUAAUAGAUCAUGAUUGAAAUUUAAUUUCAUUACCUUCUGGAUAUUUUUAUAAUCAUAGGACUAUAUUUUCAAGCUGAAUUUCAGUGUUUUGCAAUAGAAAAUGAGUUUUCAGUAUUUAAAUUAUUGUUAAAGAAAACAAAUCAGUUUAUGAUAGGUUGUACAAUAUGAAUGAAAAGGUGAUGAUUAGGUCUUGACAAUAAAGUUGUGUAAUAAGGAGCAUAAAUCUGUAGAAAUAGGAGAACAAGAGUUCAGACCUUGGCUAUCAUUGUUGCAGAUGCUUCAUGGUGAAGCAAAAAAACCUGACUGGAAAGAAACACUGUAGCUGGAGACAUUCUUUUCAUAUCUAGUACAACAAAUACAGCAAUUACAGUGACCACAGUGGUAUCAAAACCCAAAUGUCUACUAAGUCUCUAAGUGCCAAAUUGUAGGAUUCUGGAAGCCUACCACAUUUGGUCUUGUUUGUGGCUUCCCCUUCUUCUUAACAUGCAAGUAGAAAAGUAAGUAAGCAACUCCAAACAAAACAAGCAAGAAUCUGAGACUUCAGUUAGAUCAGGCAGACAGUGAAUUUCUCCAUCAAACAUCAUUUUUUUUCUUGAGAAAGCAUCAGUUCUCCAGUAUCUCAGGUUACUGGGGGUUUUUUUCCACUGGAUGUAUGGCUUCCAGUUGUUCACUUAUGUAGCUAAUAAAUAGGGAAAUCUUUCUUAACGUAUUACAAGCUAGACAGUCCAGUGAAGCUUGGGGUGGACUUCCAAGGUGGACAGUUGCUCAGCAAGUAUGGCCUCUUGAUCACUUCGCAUUCUGGCAUCUUCAUUAGAAGAAAAUCGCUAUGGCCAAGUCUCAGUAGAAACUAAGUUACGUUACAUGCUUUCCAUAUAUGCAGAUCAAUUAAGCACUCUGUAAAUUUGUGCAAACCAUAAGAUAUGUUUUAACCAUGUAGUGGGGUGAUGCAGACAUUACAGGGUUUUUUUUGGACUCUUAGGACUCGCAUAGACCUUCCCUGGUCUGUAUGUUAUAAGCUGUGCCAACUGUGUGAUUUUUUUCUCCCCCCCCCCCCCCCCCCACAAAUUCUUAAAGUCCACAAAGUAGAUCAGUUUAUUAAUGUAAACUUCAGAAACAGCUUUUAAUAGCCAAUAUCCAAAAAUAAUAAGCAAUUUGCUCUUGAGUAUUCAGUAUCUGAAAUUCUACCUGUGCUAGCUGAUUCAGAUUGCACAGAGGAAAUAUCUGUAUUUAUUUUCCUUAGCUGGAGAAAUGUAACUAUUAGAAUUAAAUUUUUAUUAUUGAUACUAAUAUUUAUUAUUUUAAAAGUUGCAUUCCAUGAACAUGUUUGAAUAUUAGCUUUGUAUUGUCUGUUUGCUUAAAUUAUUCCUGCCAGUAAAUCAUUUGGUGGAAAUGAGGGCAAAUGCGUAAGGAAACCAAAUACAACAGAAAGGAAAAAGUUUUAAAAUUUAAAUGAGUAUUUAUUAAAAUAAUUGCAGUAUGUGCUUUAAUCCUAGUACUGUGAUAAUAGCAGCUGACUAAAUAAUGCUAAAUCACUGGACUUGAGGGGAGAAAUAGGUAACAUUUAAUAUAUAGUCCAAUUUUGGAACUUUAUUCAGGUACUAAAUAGAAUUUUAACAUCAAAAUAAAAGCUGUAUUCUACCUUCCCCGUAUGUAACAUUGUCAUUUAUCUUGUUUUGCCUUUAUCAUUGGUAGAAUAUAGCAAUAACACUUUAUAGCAAUAAGUAGGCUAUCCAAAUAAGAAAUAAAACAUGAUAAAGGCUUCAGAUCAAUAUUCCUGAGUUCAGUUCUUCUGCCAUAAUACUUACUUGUAUGUCUUCCCUCAUAAUCUCAUACUCCUUGGAGCCUGAUUUCACAGUCAAGCUGUUUAACUCGACGUGUGACGACACACUUUUUUGUUAACACCUGCAUGUUUCAGUGUUCCUGUGUCCUUUGCGUAUUUGUUUUCCUGUAAGCCAGUGUUUCUCAGGCUUUCCGAAAGCACGCUCCCUCCGGGCCGCGUUUCUCCGCAGGGCUCUCUGCGUCGGCAUUAGCUUCGUUUCGCUGGGGCAGGGGGUGAGAACCAGCUCCAAGUACUGGCCGCGUUUCCGAACGGGAGGAGCUGAGCCGCGGGACAGGGCUGCUGGGGCCCCCGAAGGAGCCGCGCGGGCCUGACGCGGUGCCUUGCCGAGCAGCCUAGCCAAACACCUUCAUGCCUGCGCCAGGGUUGUGACUUUCAGUCUGAGAAACACUACCCUAAAUUACCCCCAUAAAGUCUUAGUGUAGAGGCAUAAACUUUACAGGCACUUGCGAUCUGUAACGCUCUCGUAUCUAAUGCAGAGAAUUCAUAAGCAAUACAGUGAAUUGUAUUUCACAAAAAGGCAUACGUACUGUACACCUUUCUAGAUCCAAAACGUUCCUCAUUUCUACCUUGGUUCAGAAACAAGUUACGGAACAGUGGUGAAUAUUUGAAAUCUUAGGACAUUAACUGGCUGCUUCUUUAUGUGUAACUGUAUUGUCUGCCUGCUCCUUUUCUGGAGAUGUGUUUUUGUAUUGGAUGUUUGGGCCAAUGGGAGGCUUCAAGCUACAAUGUAUUUUCCCAGUUUAAAUAUAUUUAACAUACGACAAACCCCAGACAAGGCUUUUUAAAAUGUAUAAAGAACUGCAGUGUUAGGUGGUUUAUUUGCAAACUGUUUUCAAUGUUGUCCAUUUUUAUGGCACCUUUAACAAUAUUCUUGUUUCCAAAGUACAAAAAGGUUAAAAAUACUCUAGCCAUAACUGAAUGUCAAGCAAUAAAAACAAAUGACUUUUUGUGCAUAGAUUUAAAAGAAAUACAAGUUUUAGACAUCUGCAUGUAAAUGCAAUCUCUUGUUUACUGCUUUCUUAAACUUGAGCAACUGAUUCCUUAUUUUACUACUAAUUUAAGGACUUGUAAUGGCCUGUAAACAUUUUAUCUUGCUCUAUUCUUUCAACUCGAACUUUGUCUCUGCUUUGGAGUCAUAAUAUUUAAUGUUGUUCUGCUCACCUCUAUACAGUUAGCUUUUUGCUUUCAUUCUGUAUAGAUAAAGUUAUCCUAUAAACAGCCUACACAGUGCAAAUAUUUAUCUGUUUAUCAAAUACCACAUUAUGCUGUAUAAUAUCUGUUUUACUAUAUAAUCUAUUUUAGACAUAGCUGUUUAGAACUAGAGUGUGCUAUUUUUGUGUUUUUCUGAUGUGUGGUGCUAGAUAAGUUACUUUUGUGAACAAAAGCAAACAAACCCCUUUUAUUCCUAGACAAUACCACCUUUGGGUCUUGUUAAUUUCACUGAGUAUAACUAUAUAUAAAUAUAUAUAUAUUUGUGUAUAUAUAUAUAUAUACACCUACAUAUGCCCAACAAGUACCUGUAUCAGAGUACAAGAUUUGGGACAUGGUUUUCUCUUUAAAUGCAUAGUGUCAUUAUAUAAAUUAUUCUAUAGUAUAUUUAAUAAGGAGAAAAUUACUUCACCAGUACAGAUACUUGAUAUCAAAUGUAGAAUUUUUUUCUACAUUAUUACAUUUAUUAAUUAUUAACAUUAUUAAAAAUGUUCUGUCCAGAUUGUUAUCCUUUGGGUUACUAAAACUAUCGGUCUGUAUUGUAUCAGAAAAAAAGAAAAGCGUCUAAUCUGCCGGUAUAAAGUAUUUACAAUAUGCUGUCUAUCUGAAAGGGAGGUCGAUCUUUGGCUGGCUGGGAGAGCUCUAUCCCGUUGUUGCAUCUGAUAUUUAUAGAAGUUAUUCUGCUGGGUGCCUUCCUCCCUCUUCACUUUAAAUAGGAUCUGUACACACUCGAACUGCAGACGUUACUAGGCCAUGCAUACACACUUUGCUUCAGUUACUGUAAAUAGGAAUUUUCUGUAAAUCUUCCAUGCUAAGUCGACGGCUAAAUCAGUCCUUGGAUAUGCUUUAUAAACCACGCGUACAUAUCUGAGGAGAGCCAUUAGCAACUGAAGUUAAUUAAGAAGUGGAAUUUGCAACAUUUUGUCAGGUCUGGGGGUUUUGUUUUUAUUUUUCAUGUAUACCUUAAUUUACGUAGUCAUGUACCCUUAAAAGUAUUCCUAUCCCCUCUUCCUUUUGUUCUAGAUAUUGUUUUCAUUUUAAUUCUUAAAAACUGAUGGAUAUCAAAUAUCUAACUAAGGAGGUAAUUAACCUUUUAAAUAUUUAUUAGAAUUUUUCUGUAAUAUUACUGAAUUUAUAAGAUCUUUAGCAAAGAUUUUUGAGCAAUUUAUUAAAUACAAUGUUUCUGUUUACUGCACUUUUUGAUAAUAGAAGGUAGUGAAUUUUAAAGCCAUGGUUCUUGGCUUCCAUGCACUGCUUUUAUACCCUCAAUCCAAGGAAUAUAUAUAUAUAAAUAAUUUUUUUUAAACAGCAAACAUACUGUUGUCCUAAAAAUAAAUACAAACUUUACUGCACCAUGGGUAUAUUUUCAUAAGUAGAAUGUUUAAUUGCAAACACUAUCAGGAUAAUUAUAAAAGCCUCUUGAAGCUACAAUCUUAUUUAAAUAUAAGCCAUGACAAUUUUAUUUUGCCCUGUUGAUUUAAGCCACUUUUUGAUAUUUUCAAAAAAAAAAAACCCCAACAAAAGUCACUGUUAAAUUUGUAUGUAUUAACUUAUACAUGCUAGGAACACGUUCUACCUAUUGUUUUAAUAGUUUGAUAUAUUUAUGCAAAACCAUUUAGUUAACAUAUUCUCCCUGUUAACUAAAUGUUCAACAUAAAGAGACCAGAAUAAAUGCUGAUUACAAAUAUAUGUCAGUUUGAGGAUUAAGCACAUAAACUUCAAAAACCUCGUUGAGUGAUAUGCUCAGAUUUCUGUAAAUAUGCGCAACUUUAAAUGAAAUUAUACUGUACAUGUAAAUAUAUGCUGUCUGUUAUGUGUACAGUAUGUAUAAAUUCCUUUUCUAGCCACAAUAAAAUGUAAGCCAUCAAGAGGAAUACUAAAGUGGUAUUGUACUAAACCUUUGCUAAUGAUCUUUACCCAAUCACUUAACUUUUCACUUUCAUGGAUCUUCUUUCCAACUCACUCUUACAAUAGCUUGCUUAUAUUCAAGUUUGUUAUUUUAUUCAGUCCCGAAAAAAGUAUUUUGAUUCAUUUUGUAAAUACAACUGUAAAAAUAAGAGAUUUAAUGUUGUCUUUUAAAUACUCCAAUUUUCAUUCUAAUAUGAAUGUUGUUAUAUUGUACUUAGAAACUGUACCUUUAAUAUUACAUUACCUUUAUUAAGUGCAUUGAACACAUCGAUUUUAGAUGUGCUUUAUGUACUGUUAUCCUGUAAUAAAACUUCAGCUUCUAAUGGAAAAAA